CAGUGACGCACAGACGUCACCAGUCGGUAGGCGGAAAAGCGGUGGUGUGUCUCGGUAUCUACAGAUAAAGCCAAACCGGGUGAAAUUAUCAAACACAUUCACCCAGGAGAUUUUAAAACAAAAGUGUCGUAUCUUUUAGCCGGCUGUAAUGGCGGUUCCAGCGGGUCAGGCAGACUUGCAGAUGGAUAGGGGUGCACUGAGCGACCCUCAGACAGUUUCCCCUGAAAACAACAUUGACAUCGACGAGAAAGAGUUGGAAAACAUCACAAAGAAACACCGAGAAGAAGACGCGACGACGCUGCCCCUGCACUCACCGUGGACGUUUUGGCUGGACAGGUCAUUACCCGGCACGACGGCUGCAGAAUGUGAAUCCAAUCUGAAGAAGAUCUACACCGUGCAAACCGUCCAGAUGUUCUGGAGCGUCUACAACAACAUCCCUCCAGCCACGGCCCUGCCGCUGAGGUGUAGCUAUCACUUAAUGCGUGGAGAGCGGAGGCCGCUGUGGGAAGAAGAAAGCAAUGCAAAAGGAGGAGUAUGGAAGAUGAAAGUACCAAAAGAAAGCACAUCUGCAGUUUGGAAAGAGUUGUUACUUGCUACUAUCGGGGAGCAGUUUGCAGAUUACUGUUCCUCAGACGAUGAGGUUGUCGGAGUCAGUGUUAGCGUUCGGGACCGGGAAGAUGUUGUACAGAUCUGGAAUGGCGACGCAUCUCUUGCUAACGAAGCAAAUAUCUUGGGGAAGGUCUAUGAGCUCCUCCCAUACAUUCCUUUUAAAGCUGUUUUUUAUAAGCCUCACAUGGACCAUCAUGCCUUUGAAGGAGGACGCUCAAGACAUUGAACGAAUGUAAUGCACUUUUUUUUAUUUUCACCUGAACUCUGUAUCUGCCUUAGCGUAAAGGCGCUGUCCACGACCUAAUCAAGGAUAUUAUUUUGCAUUCAACAAGGAAAUAGUUAUCAAUAUAUUUUUAUAACUUUUAAUGACUGAUGCCUUGUUUCGUGUUGAUGUGGGUCCUCUGAACCCGUCAGACACUGUUUAUCCAGCGUACAUAACUCUCAUACGGAGUUCGUCAGUUCAUUCUGAUUUCCUCCUGUACUGAACUGCACUGUCAUGGUCCUGUUCUCUGCACAGCAUAUAGACCUCACAAUUUAUUCCCUGGUGUAGAGUGACGCAGGAAUGAGGCUUAAAACCAGGCAAUGAAUUAGCAGUUUACCAUUUCCGGUUCCCUCGUAUCUAAGUCAACGUCUUUUUAUUACACAUUACCGGCUAGAUGUUUAAAAACGAGGUCUGUGCAAGCAUAAGAGAUUUCGAGUUUUAUUUUAUGGCAUAAAUUACAUCAGUAUAAACCCCAGUCUUGGAUGUCUAUAGCUUGUAAGUGUAAUUAAAAACAGUGGUUGCUAACAAAUGGCUAAAUCACGUUGAACACUAGCCACCUUUAGCUUAGCUGUGGUGACGCCCAUCCCUGUCUAUGGCUAGGCUAACGUUAGCUCUUUUUUCCUUUUUACUGCCGAUUGCAUUUACGCUUCAAAAAUCAUUACAAUUAUUUUAAUAUGUUGAUAUUAUUCUACUGAAACAAACAUGUAAGUACCAUAGACGUGUUUGGCGAAAAAAAGGUGUAUUAUUUGCAAUUUUAUGAGAAAUCUCGUUGAUUUUAGUUGACGGAGCCCUUGUGAUGCUAACGUGUGUGGGCUAGCACAGCGGUUCCCAAACUUUUUUUGCGGCGCACCCCCUUCUACGUCCCAACCGGGUUGACGCACCCCCCAAAAGAACGCAACAAAAAAAACAACCCGCAAUAAAGCUUUGUUUUGUCGCCAUAUAAAGACUCAUGUUUAAUCAUUCGCAAAUAACCAGAACACGCAUGACGAUAACAACAUCAACAAAGUUCCAAUAUAAUGCAACAAAGAAAAAUUGCAACGGUCCACAACAUUAAAGAGCACGGGCUCAGAAACAGAUCAAAUAAAGGAGGAUCAACCUUUUCCUGACUCCCGCUCAUUUUCUUCUCUCGGAUUCGUUCCUAUUCUCUCCGUCUGUUGCCUCCAAAUCCUCACUCUCUCUUGAUGCCUCUCCUCCUUCAUGACUAACAACUUUGUCAUGAUAGAAUCGGAGGAUGAAACCCUCUUUAUUAGUCACAUGCACACAGCAGAGCACACACAGUGAAAUUUGACCUCUGCAUUUAACCCAUCCUAGUACUAGGAGCAGUGGGCAGCUAUCGUGCAGCGCCCUGGGAGAAAUGGGGAGGGGGGGAUUGGAGGUGUCCGGUGCCUUGCUCAAGGGCACCUUGACGUUCCACUUGACAGUUUCCCUGAUUUCAGCCAGUUAAUCAUAUUUGAAAGAAUGAAUGAAACGAGUUGGCGCGCAAAUAUAUAGCCUAGAGUGAAACGUUUCUAUCAAAAACUAAUAAAUUAUAGUUUUUGGAUUUAAAAUAAAAGGGAUUACAAAGGAAAUGUUUAUUGUUCCUGUUUUUUAUUGUAGCCUAUGGAAAAAUCCCACUUAAAAAACAACCCUGUAAUAUUUUUACACCAGACCACCAUUACAUGUUUCAUCUCGCGCACCCCCUGUUGGCAGCUCGCGCACGCACCACACUUUGGGAAUCCCUGGGCUAGCAUAUGAACAAACACCACUCUAUAGAGGUAGGAGCUACAUAUUAGUGUUUUUAGAUUAUUUUAAAGUAGAUUUGUACCAGCUGAGCAUUGCAGCGGCUCCAAAUAAUUAGUUUGAACUGUUUAUUAAGUAAGACACCUCAGUUCAUGUCAUAUUUUAGUUAAAUCAACUACUCUAUAAAUCCAAGUAGUUUGUAUCCCAACGCUGUUUCAUUGGGUUUGUAUCUCUUGAUACUUUCAUACAUCAAAGUUAAAAUCAGGGUAACACUUGGAAGUAUUGCACACGACUACCUAUUCCAAUCGCAGUGUCCCUCAGUGACAAAGCCGUCAUAGAGGAUCAGAACACAUCUGAUAUCGCACCCGAAGAAACUCGGAUUUAGCUAAAGAGCGAAACGCAUCCUGAAAGGCGCCUCUUUGAAUGUCCUCAGCAACGCCACAUCUGACAUUUCUUUCCAUGCACACGUUGAAAAGUAGACCCUGUGCUCUCCUGAAGGGGGCCACAGAUUGUUUAGCGCCCCCCCCCCCCCCCCCUCCCCAGUAGGAGAUACUGCACAUUUUUAAAGCUCAAAUAGUGACGCUUGUCUGUACUUGCUGAGAGAAAUGCAGCACAGUUCUGUCUUUAAGAAAGUCAAUUAUGGCGAGUUUCAAUAGUCAUUUAGUCACCUGCUGCUUCAGAAAACCAGACGAAAGACUGACCUCAUGUAUUUGAUCGUGUCCACCGAGCAUUAUUAAUAGAGAAAACAUAUUUUUCUAUCUGUUCCUUUCACUAACACUUCUAGUAAUGUAGUGUAGGCUGCAGGAAACGGAAUGCUCCUGCUGUCGUUGUAUGUCUCACCUUUCUUACUGUGUUGUAAAACUGUAGACUGGUCGCUGCGUUAGGGUCGUUAUUUCCUUUGUAAACAUGAUUUUUGCAGUGACAUGAGCAAAGUAAAUAAAAUGGAAAUGAAAAAUUCAA